AUGACCUCGAUUGACGACCUCGGCGGCAACGGCCCUAGGCUGCCAACUCCGCCAGUCAACACGGGCGUCCUGCCCGUCCUGCCGCCUGGUGUGGAGCCGCUGGACAACAACUCCCGCAGCAAUGCCGCUACCGCCGCCUCGGCAGCCGGCAUGCGCGCCUUCACCGCCCAGGCCGUCGCCUUUUACUUUCGCGCUCCGGCAAAGGCCUUCUUCCGCAUGCGGGUCGACUACCUUGCCUUUGCGCGCAACAUCCACCUCGAGCGACAGCGACAGCUCCAGGAGGCUGCCGCUGCGUCGCCUUCGAAGCUGAAGGAUGUCGUGCUUUGGCUCCGGGGGACUACCCCCGGUGUGCUGACGACUGCCAUUCGGCAGCAGGGCUGGUCAGUAGUACCGGAGCACGUGCUCCCUCCAUUGAUGGCCAACGUGGCUGUCGGUGCAGUUCUCUACUCCAGCUAUUUGCACAUUUUGGGCCAUCUGCACGAGGAAUCAUCUCGCGCAACCAAGCGAGUCUACCCACCGCCAUGCCCUCAGGACACCUUCGCCGCUGGUUUCAUGGCCGGCUGCAUCCAGAGUUUUGUUGCCGCCCCGCUAGACGCCAUCCAAGCACGCUACGAUCAUCGUGCAUUCAUGGGUGCUGAGACCACCGCUGCAUCCACCGCCGCCAAGCCUCCGAGCAUGUGGACCUUUGGCUCCGCCAAGCUCCGCGAGAUCGGGCUGCGCGGUGUCUUUGCCGGCUGGAGCAUGUCACUGGCCAAGGACAGCUUCGGCAACGCCGUCUUCUUCUCCACCUUUGAGUACGUCAAGGCCCAGAGCUACUACAAAUUCGUCAAGUGGUACUACGGGGACCUCAGCGAGGCCAUGGUCGACGUUUUGUCCAGGCGACGGCCAUUGUCUUCGCGCCUCGACUACCAGAAUCUGCCAAAUUCGCAGGCCCACAUAUCCGCUGGUGAUGAUUUGCCCGCUGCACCGACCGUCAUCCGGCCGCACUACGCCAUCGAGCCCGCCUUCCUCCUCGCCGCCGGCGUGUCCGCCUCGAUAGCGCAGCAGGUGGCCGUCUACCCCAUCUCGCAGCUGCAGCUGGAGCACUUCAACCACCUCGAGGACCUCGACGCCGAGGCGAGGAGGCACCGCGCGAGCCCGGAGAAGCGCGGCUGGAGCAUGUGGCGCGCCUACUAUCGCGCCUACCAGGAGACCUGGGCGCAGUGUUCGGCCGUCGCCAAGUCUGAAGGUAGACACAUGGCGUCGUGGCUUUAUCGUGGUUUCUGGUGGAACACGCUUCGGCAGGUUCCCAGCACCAGUGCUGGUCUCAUCAUUUUUGAGUUGGUGAGGCGCAAGUAUGGUCUCGGUGGCGACGAGGUGCGGAUCACAAAGGACGGUUAUGAUAUCUUGCUCAGCUAA